CAGCAGAGGCAACAGCGGCCAACAAAAAAAAAAAAAACAGCAGCUUGCCCCGGCACAACUUAAUACUGAGGAGACUGAUACCAAUCACAUAAAACAACAACAACGACGACGACGACGGCGACACUACAUUAAACAUGCUGCUGACCUUGAUAAUUGGCACUUUGAUCUUAUUAUUGACCUGGGACUUUGGACGCAAACGACAACGCGUUGCCAUAUUUCGCAAAUCUCAUAUAACAGGACCAAGAACUUUACCCCUUUUGGGCUGUGGCCUAGAGGCUCUCCAUUUGGGAGCAGAAAAUAUCAUCGAUUAUGUGGGCAAUGCCUUUGAGAAAUAUGGUAAAACAUUUCGUUUUUGGAUUCUCAAUGAAUCAUUGAUCUAUACAAAGGAUUUAAAAUAUUUCGAGACCAUACUGAGUAGCACCACAUUGUUGGAGAAGGCGCAAUUGUAUCAAUUCCUAAGACCCUUUCUCAAUGAUGGUCUAUUGCUGAGUGUGGAUAGGAAAUGGCAUGCCAGACGUAAGGUUUUCACAAAUGCUUUCCAUUUCAAAGUGCUGGAAAGAUAUGUGGAGAUAAUGGAUAAACAGAGCGAGAUAAUGGUAGAGAAACUGAAGCAAGAUGCCGAUGGUAAGACUGUGGUGGAUAUGCUCAAAUAUGUCUCACUGGCUGCUUUGGAUGUUAUCACAGAGACCGCCAUGGGUGUUCAAGUGAAUGCCCAAAGUAAUGAGGAUUUUCCCUAUAUCAAGGCUCUGAAGAGUGUAGUCAAUAUACAGCCUGAUCGCAUGUUUAAAUUCUCGCAACGUUAUGGUUGGCUUUUUCGUCUCACUUGCCCGCUGUUGCAUCGCAAACUAGUCCGAGAUAUAGGCAUCAUGCAUGACUUCACCGACAAGGUCAUACGCGAAAGACGAGCAGCUGUGGAGCAAGCGAAGGCCAAUGGUAGCUACCAACCGUUGAGUCUGGCUGAUGCAGACAUUGGUCGUAAAUCACAAAUGGCUCUGCUGGACAUACUUCUGCAGGCCAACAUCAAUGGAGAACCCCUGACCGAUGCCGAUAUACGUGAAGAGGUCGAUACUUUUAUGUUUGAGGGCGAUGAUACCACAAGCAGUGGUGUCUCUCAUGCUCUCUACUCCAUUUCCCGGCACCCUAAAGUGCAGGCAAAACUCUAUGACGAACUGCAGCAAGUUCUUGGCAAAGAUCCCACAGCGCCGAUCACUCAAUCUCAACUACAGGAGCUUAAAUAUCUGGAUUGUAUCAUCAAGGAGACAAUGCGUUUGUAUCCCCCAGUGCCAGCUAUAGGUAGACAUACGACAAAGGAGUUACGUAUUGGAGACCAGAUAAUACCACCAAAUACUAGCAUCUAUUUGGUGUUUUAUUUUGCUCAACGCGAUGCUGAAUAUUUUCCCGAUCCUCUGAGCUUUAAACCAGAACGUUGGCUCACCGAUGACGAGGACACAAAACCUAAUGCCAAACACCAGACCUUUGCCUAUGUUCCCUUUAGUGCGGGUCCUAAGAACUGUAUUGGUCAGAAAUUUGCCAUAUUGGAAAUGAAAGCGCUGAUCAGCAAAGUGAUACGAUAUUAUCAUCUAUUGCCUCUUGGUGAGGAUGUUAAACCCAUGAUGAAUUUCAUUUUACGUUCGUCUGUUGGCAUGAAUGUGGGCCUUAAGCCGAGAUCGUUAUAGAAUUUACCACUAAUUGUUUAUAUUAAAUGUUUGGUUAAGGUGUAUAAUGGGUUUUUGUGAUAUUUUUUGUACUUAUACUCUAGAAGAUAUCAAUUCAAUUGAAUAAAUCUUUUUUAUAUUGUUAAAA